UCGCUCCUCCCACCAAGAGAUGGCGGCUAACACAACAACGCGUUCAUCAUGGGCUAUAUCAAAUGAUCUCACACGAUGACUGACGCACGCCCACCUGACAGAAGUCUGGAAACAUGCAUCACAGAUUUUCCCAUUGUCAUGUGGCUGGCCUACUUCUGUUUACCUGUCUGGUUUGAGCUGAUAAUCUUAAUAAGCCUGUGCUAGCAUGUAUUACAGUGAAAGAAUUCAUUCCACUUGGUAUACCACGUCACCAGAGUACAGAUGGGACAUCCCGUCCUGUGUCAGGUAGACAUCGUCCUGAACCCCCUGAGAAGACCCCCAAACUCCCCCAAAGUUGCCACCCUAAACCCAUACUGCCAGUCAGAAACCCUGAGCUGGGGCAGAGGGACUCUGUUUCGAACUUAUCUAAAGUCUCCAACAAGAGUUCGAAGACAGAGCUAAAAAGUUGCAAAGUUGUUAUGAGAAAUCUACAAGCUAAAAAUGGAAACAUUUUGUCCUGUAAGGAUGUGUCUUCCAGUCCUAUGAUUAAAAAGGAGGUGCAAAGGACCAGUUCUUACGAAAAAAACCGACAUCUUUCUUUGGCUCUUAGUAGAGAGCUUAAUGAAAACCUGAGGGUCAGUGGAGGUGGGUUGCCCUGCAUUGGUAAGGUGAAGUCUCGGAGACACACUCUUCCUCAAUCAUCUCAUUCAAGGCCUAUUAAUUCCUACUUUCAGGAAAAACCCAAAAGCUCAGUUAACACAGCAGAGCGAAUCCUUCACCAUCCCGAUCAAAGAAAGGAAAAAGUGGGGAAUAAGGACCAAAAAACCUUCAUUCACAGUAACAUGUCCCCACAGAAGGAAUUAAGCACCCCUCACAGGAAGCCUUCUCCAGAGGGCAGACUGUCCCUUUCUGCAAAGAGAAAAAGAGAGCCCAGUACAGGCAGUGAGAAAGACGUCAAGCGACAAUGUGUAGAUGUCCGACUCACCCCCAGCUCUUCUAUUAUAAACUCACCACCAAAGUUUGUCAGACAAGCUUUUUCACACCCUCUCUCAGACAAUGUGAUAACCAUAAGUGAUACCCAGUCCUUUAAACCACUUUUUCAAACAUCAGACACCAGCAAACCGAGACCAUCCGUCCACAGGCAGCUUUUUAAAUCGGAGACCUGCAGUAAGUCAAAUGCAGAGAGUGACAAAACGCACUCAACCCAAAUCACUAAGUUACCCAUGAAUGGGGAGUCUAAAGACGCUAUGGUUGCACACGCAAACAAAAACCCCAAAAGUCCACCCAGCCAGCCGCAUUUGCGCAAAAUCUCACCAAAGUCAAGCACCACAGCAGACAGCAUUGAGGACCUCUUUAAACCUGACCUCUGCUUGCCACCAUCCAAAACGCACAGCAAAAACCUACAUGUCAAGCGAGAAGGUUGUGCAGUUGCCAUAUCAACGUCCAUGUCCAGCCAUAAGGAGAGUGUUAAAGUUCGCUCACCCCCCCGUCUGGCUGAUGUAAAAACACCCAGCUUUGCAGGACAAGCUGGGUCUUGUAAGAAGGAAACGGAUGAAAGAACGCAGCUGAAAGUGGAGGAGUCACGCAGCCCCAAGGCUAACAUGCCUGUCCCAGCUGCAAGCGUGAAAGCAGACAGAUCAAGUGAAAAGAAACACUGCACUCGGUCGAAAGAUACCUCAGAUGGAGAUGAUUCAGAUGAUGAUCUGAGAGUAAGAUGCACUAUCAACCUGAGCACCAGCAGUAGUGACAAUGAAGAGCUGCUCCCAUCCCUGAAAGAGUUGAUGGAUUUGAGAGACUGUGUGCCUGUGACUCCUGAGAGAGAUGCUUUUUCAGAACCCAACACACCGGUCCCAAAGGCAGCACCGAAGGCUGUGAAAAUCAAAGCAGUUAACUACAGAAAUACACUGGAGAAGAUGCUGCAAGAGAGGGAACAAUAUCAAAGGUCAAAAGAGCUGGAGAGACAAUUACUGGAGUCAUGUCAGGAGGACCUGCUGAAUUUAAAUGAGGAUGAGAACAGUGAAACUAAAGAGGAAGUCAUUUCACAUGAACAGAGGAAAUUUUUAGAGAAGUUCUCGGUCACCUCAUGUGCCAUCAGGGACAUCCACCCCGGAGAGGAAGUGUUUAUACCAGCUAAGUUUGGCCGACUCUUUGACCACCAGAUGCUGGAUCUGCGGAAAAUUGGUGUGACUCCACAAAACCGAUCACAGGAAAUGUUCCUUCAGGCCUGUAUUGAACAAGUACUGUCCCUGAUCAGUGCAGGCUUGUUCACGAGAGCUUAUAGUUCUUGUCCUUGUCAGCCUGAGGUGACACGCUGGCUUUUUCAGAUGAUGUCAGUUCACCCAAACCCCAUCACUUCCUCAAUGAUUCUGGAGUCUCUGCGAAGCAUCGCUCUCUCUGCUGCUCAGCACAUAGUUGAAAGCCAAAACCAGAGGUUUAAAAUAUGGGUGCCCACUAUACAGGAUAUUGCAUUAGUGUUCAUUAACAUGGGAGCAUCAUUCAUCAGCCUUUUCCCUCUGGAAGCCUUGCAGCCCACAUUUACUGAGGGAGACCUUUUAGAGGGCGUUCAACCCAAAGAGACCAGCCACGAAACACAGAUUUCUGACCAAAGCAAUGCCACUUUACCUGUACACAAUUUUGAAAAUGUUCUCAAGUACCUGUCUCUGUGUACCGCGUUGUGUCCGAAAGCGUACACUGAUGAGGAGCUGCUGUUGCUUGUAACGGUUGUAUGUAGAAUUGGACUGGAGACUCAUUUCAAACUGGUGCCGACUGGACACUUCAGCCUCCUACUCCAUAACCUGCUCAAAAACAUCACGCACUGGGAAGUCCAGUUAUCUAAAGCUUGCCAGACGUUGACUGAUUUGUCAGAGGAUCAUCACAACCUCAGGCGACUCGUUUAUCUUCUACCAGACAGCAGUCGUGGAAAGCAAUUUAAACAACACCUAAGUGUGUCUAUCAUCUCUAAGCUUUUGAAUCACACUUGCACCUACAAAGUCUCAAACGUCGAGUUUAAGCUGUCUGAGCUAAAACGUUUCCUACCUCAAAUGCGUCCCUCAUCCCUGGUGAAAGCCCUAAGGUCUUCAGGGAGCACAGAGGACCGUAAUGUCACUCUAGACCAGCAAGCAUAUUACCUCUGCUACAGCCUUUUGACGUUGACAAAUGAAGCUUCCAAUUUUGAAUUUUUACCCUCGAACCAGAGAAAUGAAUUACGGAGUCUUUCAUCUCAACUGGAGAAACACAUCAAGUGUGACAUAAGGGAGAGUGAGAAGACUCUUUACAGGAGCAAAGUAAAAGACUUUGUAGCAAGGAUUUACACAAAGUGGCAGGUGCUUCUUGUACGAACAAGGCCUCAAGAGGGAAAGCUGUAUGACUACUGGAAGCCCCCACCAGAGGAUGAGAUACCUAACAGCCCUCAAACCAAAACCUGCCUUAAAGUGGAAGACACUUCAGGGUGUACUGGAGAGUUGAAGUCGAAAGAAGAUGCUCAGAGCAAAGAUGAGGAUAAGAGGAAGGCUAAAAAACAUGAGGAGCCGAUGGCACUGGGAGAAGAUGAAAGUGCAGAGAACCAUUUGGAGGAAGAGGUGGAAAAUGUUGAGGCUAAACAACAGCUAGAUGAUGAAGAUGAAAAGUUGGAAGCAAUAACAGAUGAAAUGCUGUUUGAUAGCACUGAAGAGUUAAUGAAGAGUGAUGAAGAUCUCAUGAGAGAGGAGGAGCAGCUUCUUAAUGAAGAUGAAGAGUCACAUGAAGACAGACAACAGAGAGAAAAACAAUUAGAGGAACUUGAGAACUUGUCUGUGAACGAUAGAGAGCAAAUAAAGGAAGGGAUUUGGACCGGGAUGUGAUUGGACUCGGAAGAGUCUGAAAAAGAGAAGCUCUCAGGUCAUUUUGAGAGAAUUUUAUAUUGCACCUUUUGUUGGCAUUAUGCACAUACUGUACAUAUGCCAACAAUUUUUAUUUGGGUCUUUUUGCACUCAUUAAUUGUAUAGCAUUUUCCAAAUGCAUAUUUGAUGCAUGUAAUUGUUUACAUAUUGUUUAUAAUUGCCUAAUAUAUGUUUUGUAUUUACUAGCCGUGUGUUUAAUUUUUUUAGAUGUGAGAUUGACUGUUUGCCUUCUGUUUCUCUGAAGAUGGGCCAUAUUUUUAUGUAGCUGUAUGAAAAUGUAAAGGUUCGUUCAUUUAGUGUAAUCUCGUUGGUUUAAAGCACAUGUACAGUAAAUGGACACUGUUAACUCUCAGGAUCAGGGUGUGCUGGUUAUGCUGCUGUCUUAUCUAUUGUUUUUUUAUGAUUUCACUUUAUAAAUACUGAGAUGUUCAACCAGAAACACAUGUGAUAUGGUUUAGUCUUUACUAAUGUCAUUUUAAAACACAAAAGCAAGGGCUUGAACCAUUUAAAAUAAUUUUGGUA